AUGGCGAGGUACCUAGUAUCGCCCGCCAGACGCAGUAUUCGGGCCAAGUACCUCGUCAUGGCAGCACCGGGUAUCCAUCCGUACUGGUGUGGGCAAAAGGCUAACUUGGACAAGCAGCCCGAGUUGACGUUUUUGCCAUGGAGCAGGAAAGACGGGGCAAGAUUUCAGAUCUGUGGAGAGGCCCUGGAGAGUUGCGACGUUGCGACGAAGAAAGGCGAGGCCGGCGAGGGGAUUCCAAGUUUUGCGCAGUUGGAAGAGGAGAAAAUCGCCGAAUUCUUGCCGGAAGAGGACCCCACCCAAAUCCAGAAAUGGACCCACUCUUCACUCGCCGGAACAGAAGCAGCCAGAAUCUCCGUUGCUGGAAUUUCCAAAAGUUUGGACCUCUCGUCAACUCCCGACAACAAUGGCAAAGAAUCCCGAGACACACGACUGCCAUCCUUGUUAGUCGCAAACGCUCGAACGCUUCUUCCACACCUUCAAUCCCGCUUUGCCCAUUCUCCAGACCUCCACGACUCCACGCCAACCGCAUUCCGGGAUGGCCAGAAACGAUGCAAUGUGACGGCGCCCUUGCGUCUCUGCCAAUCUUGGAUUCUUUUUCUGCGGCAAAGCUUAAUCGCUUUUCCCCCGGUCCACCCCUCCACGACCCUACUUGUACGAGACCUUCUGGCCCCGCCGCCUUCAUCAUGGGAUUUGCAGACUAUUUUUGAUUAUUCCCUCUUUUGGCACUUGGCUGCCACGCAGACCUCGAUGCCCCCCUGCCAACGCCAACCAACGCCGUUCCCGCUCAAUGCAGGACAUCUCCAUCCCCGCGGAUUCCUCUCCUCUUUUCAGCCUUGUCAGACCUCUCCCCUCACCGUCACCCGGUGUCCGUCCCGGCCUUCUCCCGAGAUUCUUGGCUUCGGAACCUUCGAUUCGCCCAAAACGAACAUGUCUGACAUCAAUCUUCGUCACAGCUUCGGGGCCUCCUUCCCAAUGUCGUCCCUGACGGUAAUCCAGGGCGAGCUUGGCCAAGACUUGCUGGCUUCCCCACGCUUCCCAAACAACCCCGCGGGAUCUGGAUGGUCCCUACGUGUUCCAAUGUGCCACGGCAGCUGUCAGUUUCAAGCUCAGACCAGUCGGCAUUACACGACGAUGCUCAUCUAUUCGUAUAUGGGCGCCAUGUGGAUGGAACGCCGUACCAGAUUGGCCAGCGAUAACCCGCGGAUAAUGAAGAACCAAGCAGAUGGAAUUGCGAAAUAUGUCCGAUUGCUUUCAACCUGCAUCCAUCAUGACGCUUCUACACUAUCAAGUCGGGUAUCCACAGAUUGCAAACCAAGCGAAAUCCAAGUCCGGGGGACGUAUCCAGUUCUGUCCGGUUCAGUUCAUGAGAGGCGAUCUCUCUCGUGUCUCGCCAGCAGUCACUAUCGUGAUCCAAUGGAAGAGGCUUUCAUCAAACAUCUUCUCGGCGACUGGCCUGCCAGUCCAGUUCGCCUACGCAUGUCUCUGAACCCCGCCUCUCCCAACCUCUGCGGUCUGGGGUAG